AUGUGGGUUCCGAACCACAGUGCGUCGGGACAUGACGGCGCCAGCCACCCGGUGAGGCAACAGACGCCCAACCAGGCGGAAAUUGAAGUAAUGACUUCCAGAGAGAACGCAUUAGCCAGUCGCGGAGAUAUUAUUUUUCCUGAUAGCCAAUUCAAACCACGCUUCAACGGACGUCGGCCCAACUGUGCUCGACGUGACUCUACCUUCUGUGAAGGAGGCGUGGAUGGCUACCCCAUGGUGCAUCUGAACCAGCUUGUGGACCGUUUUGGCAUGAAUGGAGAGAAAUCAUUAUGUCCAUCAGAAGAGAAGAUCGUCUUCCCCAAAAUGGGUGAAAAUGCUGAUGGUCAGUGGAUGUUUAUAGUAAAUCUUGACAAUGACAAUUUUCAACAAGGAAUCAGAGUGGAAUUGUGCACUAAGCCAGAUCAGACCUGUCUCCUGGCAAGCGGGUUUCAAGAUGGUUCUAAUCCAGUGUGCCGACAAAAAUAUAUUUACCGACGGCUGGUGGCAGUGGGAGAUGGAGGCGAAGCCCAACCAGACUCAUUCAAAAUGCCAUCGUGUUGUGUUUGUUAUGUGAAUAGUGAGGUGACUUCACGAAUUUUACGACCUGAUCCACCUAUGACAAAAAGACGCAGACGCCGUAGUCAUCACUCAACGCAAAGGUGAAGAAAGUGUUAUUUUUGAACUUAAGUCUACUUCUAAAUUGGAGGUAGUGUUGUUUCUGAACAUUGUCAAAAGUGAGACAUUUUGUACAUGAUGCAUCAAUCAACUGUGUUUAAAUAUUUAUAUCAUUGUGUGUUUUAUUAGCAAAAUUAAUUCAUCAAAUGAUGCAAGAAAACAGUGCUUGUGCCUUUACUUCAACAAUAUAAGGCAUUUUACAAUAUAGGACAGAGCCAAAAAACAAAGUUAAAAUGAUUUCUUGUGAUGCUACAGGGAUACUAUUACAUUGUUACUCCGUCAUGUCAAUAAAAAUUGAAAAUGGAGGAAGACCCUUGUAGGAUCCUUAUCCUUGCCAAUCAUAAAAUAGCCUCAUUGCUUCUGUUUUAAUGUGCAAAGCAUAAAAGUUAUUUAUUCUCUCUCAUUGUAAAUUAUAAACCUAUACUAUCUGUUUAGUGAAUAUUGUUGUGAUGAUCAUUUCUGUUCUUUUUUUCCGUUAUUAUUUGCUUUAAUAUUUCAUAAAUCUGCAUUACUGUUGUAGGUAUAAAAAUUAUAUAGUGAAAAGAAGGGCCUUUAGCAUUAAAAAUUGUAUAUUCAUUUUACAAAGAAAGUUCUAAUCUUUACAUUGAUUCGGCCUAUCUGUAGUAAUUAACCUCAAACAUUUUAGACUAAUUUUUCUUAUAAUUCUAUAAAAUGAGAGUAAUAAGGAGAGAAAAAAAGUAACUUAUUUCUUAAUUAAAAUCUAUAUUCAAUUAUCUUUUCAAAUUCUUAUUCUUAUGUAAAUGUAAUUGCAAAAAAUAUUUCAAUAAAAGAUUAUUUAUUUUUGCAUGUCGUGGAGUAUACACAUGCAUACACAUUAAAAAAUUGUAAAGAAACAUGAAAUGACUUUCCAUAGUUUAUAAAUUUUAUUCAAUAAUUUUUCCGAUUUUUUUACCAAUAUCUUACAAUGUAGUUGUAGCAAUAUAACUAAAAGAAAACUGCAACCUUAUGAAAUUUACUUCAAAAUUGUUAUCUGACAAAAGUCGAUAGAAUGUUCAAAAGAUUCUACUUUAAAUGCAAAUUCACAUUUCUUGUGGUUAUUUAGUAUAAACAUUGUAUUUUGUAAUUGUUAGUACAGAAAUUUAACUACUUAAUGCCCUAUAUACUUCUGAGUCUGAAGUAUGAAAAAUUCCUUAGAAAUUUUCCAUCUGAAGAGUUUUCAUGCAUUAAAAUGCUUAUCUAGUCGCAGGAAAAAGUGUUCUGAAGUUUGUUUGGUUCUCUGUUGUAAAUGUUGCAUCAGAAAUUUGGAGGCUUGUCUAGGAGAUCAAUGAAUUGUUAAUUAAAUAAUACUUAAAUUAUAUUUUAUCAUAAAAUUAAUAUAAAUUGUCAAAGCAGUAUAUCAAGCCAUAUGGUCUAGAAUAGAAAUAAAGCCAAUAAAUACGUUAACGUUGUAAGAAAUUUAUUUGAAGAAAUCAAGGUUUGCAUGCACCAAAUGCUACACAUAAGUUACUUCUUAUUUGUAUUCCAACAUAGAAAACAUAGUAUGAAUUGUAGUUGCACACUUCUGCUUCAUUUUAAGCAUAGUGUGUUUAAGUAUAGAAUUUUACUAAACUUUUUUACUUGUUCAAGGUCCAAUUUUCCUGAGUGCAGAACUUGGCACAGACAUGUGUAAAGUAAAACAAACAUGAGCAAACAAAAGGGCAAAAGAUAACAUUGAAGUGAAAAAAAAAUCAAUUACAACUUCCAUCUGCAGUAAAGACAAGUGAAAGCUUCUUGAAAACAAGAGGAACAACGAUCUUUAGAUCCCCCGAAUUACAUUUAGUAUAUCUUAAGAAGCUUUGGGCAUUUAUAAGAAGAAAAUACUUUUGAAACAAUGAAUUUGUUAGUAAUAUUAAAUGGUCUAAUUAGUAUAAUAGUUUUGAUGAUUCAAACUCAUAAUUGUGUAUUCUGUUUAGGGUGCAAAGGGGAUUAUGAUCUAUGUGUGAUCCUCCCUAUAUCCUUCUCUUAGAACAGGUGGACCCCAUUUCCUCUAGCAGAAAGCAAUAUUUGGGAAAUUGUGAAUUACUUUUAUUAUUUAAAUAAGCACACAACCAUAGUAUAAAAAGCGAGUUCUUUGAUUUAGGUCAUUAAAAAAAAUUAAGAAGCACACUCGUUGCUGAUAUUUUGACUAUGUUGGGAGGAGCAGAAUUAGUAUUCAUAAACAUGUAUUUUUAUAUAUUCACACUAAUAAAUCAAAUAUUUAACAUCGCACUACAUAACCACAUGAUAGCAUUACAGCUGGUUACAUAAAAAUUAAAGUUUCAAACCUUUUUAUUUCAAAUGUAACUGACUUAUGAAAAAAUUCUUAAUUAAAAUAUUAUGCUAUGGACAUUAAAAAUAAGCCUACUAAAUUAAUAACAUUAGCACUUAAUCAUUGAUUUCCACUUAAC